AUGCUGAGUACAAAAUACCAGGAACUGUCCGGCAGGUAUUGCAAUUUAUUAGCUAGAUAUCAAGCACUGAUUGAAAUCAUGUGUUUACAAGACAAUGCACUAUUGCAUAGCGGCAAUGAUAACCAACUUUGUCCAUGGCAAAACCUGGACAUAGAAAGCAUUCCGUCGUCUCCUGUCUCUACAGACUCUAAUCAUAUGUCGGAGGUUAAUUUGCAUCCCGGCCUUUUGGGCGAGAUUCGCGCAUUGCGACUUUUACUGGACCAGGAGAGAAAUGAGAAAAUGAAGUAUAAACAGCUGUUAAACGAAUCCAAAAACGAAGUCAAGUUUGGGAAAACAAGAGUCUUCGAUUUUAGUUUCAAGUAA